AUGGAGACAUCAUCAUCGGGACUCGCUGUUUCCAACUACCUUCUUUCAAGGUUAACAAAAUUCUCCCUACAGCUACGACCCGGUGACUGGUUCGUGCUGCUAUGUCUCGCAAUAGCAUUGAUCUUCCACUCUGGGAGUGGAAAGCUCUGGUUCAAACCAGAUCCGCACACAUAUGUCAUGUAUGUUGCGCCACAGAAGUCUGGUGAUCUAAAAGUGCAACCGAAGCGAACGCGAGACAUCGGGCAGAGGCUGAAAGAUAUAGAUGCCGACAUAGCCAUUUUCUGGGGUUCGCAAUCGGGAGUCUCUGAACGAUUUGCGGAAAGACUUUCUCGUGAAUGGCGCGCCCGCUAUGCUCUCAAAACUAUGGUUGCAGACUUGGAUGACUACGACCCCGAACACCUAGCUUCCCUUACCGGUGACAAGCUCGCAGUGUUUCUCCUAUCAACGUAUGGUGAAGGCGAUCCACCAGAUAACGCCGUGAGUUUCGUCAGUGGUAUCAAGAAGAUGCAUAAGAAAGGAAUGAGACUGGACACACUUCGAUACUGUGCGAUGGGCAUGGGUAACAUGAACUACAAAUAUUACAAUCGAGUAAUAAAGGUCGUCGACGAAAUUCUGUUGGACCUGGGAGCGCAGCGAGUUGGUCCACUUGGACUCGCAGAUGAAAGCGUCGGGACGACCGAGGAAACCUUCAUGGAAUGGAAGGAGGACGUUAUUGAAAUCCUCAAAGAAAUCGUCACGAUACACGAACGCCCACUUACCUACGAACCGAGUAUUGAUAUUAUCGAGACUGGCGUCGAUGCCAACCUCGUCUAUCUGGGAGAGCAUAGUGAGAAAGUCCUCGUCGGGUUGAAGGACAGAGUGGCAUACGACGCUACCAAUCCUUACCCUGCUCCUAUUGUUCAGAGCAAGAAGUUGUCGUCACUACAAGACCGUGUUUGCAUGCACAUGGAGUUCGAUCUAUCUGCUGUUCCAAGCUUGCGAUACCAAACAGGAGAUCAUUUGUCUGUGUGGCCCAUCAACGCGAACAACGAGGUGAACCUGUUACUACGUGUCUUAGGACUUGACGACGAGUUAAGCCGAAAGCAACCUAUCACAAUAGCCGCCAAAGAUGGCGCAGUCAGCAAUUGCAGUCUUCCUUCUCCGACAACUCGAGAAGUACUGCUGAAAUACUACCUCGAAAUUGGAGGCCUGGUAUCGCGCGAUUUCCUUAUGAGCCUCUCACAAUUCGCGCCAACACAGGCAGCAACAGAUUCUCUCUUAAGGUUAGCCAAGUCCAAGGAAGCUUUCCGUAACGAAGUGACCUCUCGCUAUCUAUCUGUGGGGAAGAUAAUGGAAAUGAUUGAGCCGAAAGUUGCAUGGACGGGAGUGCCUUUCUCUCUUUUGGUUGAAAACUUCAACCGCAUCCAGCCACGAAGGUACUCCAUCUCCAGCUCGCCACUGAAGCAGCCGCGACAACCGUCAAUCACCUUUGUGGUCAACAACCGUUCCCUUCUGAGCGAGAAAGUAUCCAGAGAAGAUCAGACGUUCUUCGGCCUGGCAACCAAUUUUCUUCUGGCUCACCAGCGCAAGCUCAGUAGCGAGGAGCAACCGACUAUCGCGAAGGAAGCUCCCAUAUACGACCUCAAUGGUCCACGCGACAAGCUGAAAAGUGGAAAAGUUUAUAUGCAUAUUAAGCGUUCAACAUUCAAGUUGCCUUCCAAUCCAGCGACGCCAAUCAUCAUGGUUGCGGCGGGCACAGGCAUAGCUCCCUUCAGAGGUUUCAUGCAAGAGCGAAACCGCCUUACGGAACUGGGCAAGUCUGUGGGCAAGAUGAUACUUUUCUUUGGCUGCCGUGACGAUACUUCUGACUACCUCUAUCGUGAUGAGUGGCGCGAAUACGAGCAACUAUUGGGAGAUAACUUUGUCAUGGUUCCGGCGUUCUCGAGAUUGUCAGGGCAGAAGAAGACCUAUGUUCAAGACGCACUUGUGGAAAGAAAGGACGACAUCAUGCCUCUUAUCCUUCAACAAGACGCAGCUUUCUAUAUUUGUGGCUCGGCUUCUAUGGCGAGAGAAGUGAGAACAAGACUUGUAGAUUUACUGGCGGAAGCUGGCGAUCAGAGUCGAGAGGAUGCAGAUACCAUGAUCACUAGGAAGAUGAAAAAGGCUGGUCUUUAUCAUGAAGAUGUGUGGAGCUGA